AUGGUAUUUUUAAGGGAUGAAUUGGUAUUAGAGAAUGAAUUAAUUAGAAAAUAUUCUAAUAAAUUACGUCAAUUAGCUUCUUUAGAAUUUGCUAUUAUUUUCCAUAAACAUAAACAUCGGCUUGAUUCUAUACGUUAUUUCGGUGAUGAAAUUGAAUAUAUUAUUGUUAAUCUUAAUCAUAAACUUAAAUUACCACAAUUAUUACCAAUUUAUCCACAUAUACAAUCUAUUAUACAAUCUCACGUAACGGUGUCUCCCGUUACGGUGCUUGGUCAAGCAGAAAGUACAAGCACUGAGGUUACUAAUGCUAAUAGUACUGAGGUUACUAAUGCUAAUAGUACUGAGGUUACUAAUGCUAAUAGUACUGAGGUUGCUAAUAGUACUAAUAGUACCGAGGAUAGUACUAAGGAUAUUAGUACCAUUGGAGCAAGCACCGUAACUGAGGAGAAAAAUCCCAAUGAAAUUGCUGCUGUUACUAAUUCUAGGGAGUCAAGUACUUUUUCUGAUACUGGAGUUACUAGUACUGAGGAAGACCCUUUCGGGGUUGUUGAUGAGGAAGUUAAUACUAAGGAUACUGUUGAUACUAAGGAUACUGUUGAUACUGAUGCCGUUGGACCAAGCACCGUAACGGAAGACACCGUUACGCAGUUAGAUUGGAAAAAAUGUAUAUUUACACCAGAAUAUGGUUCAUAUAUGGUAGAAUCAAUACCAGAUGAACCAUAUAAAUUAUCAUCAAAUUAUAUAAAAGAGAUAAGAAAAAGUAUAAAAGAUCGUAGAAGAAGAUUGGAUAUGAUAUUAAGAAAAUUAGGAUUUCCAAAUGCGAAAAUAACAACAUUAACAAAUUUUAUAAGAAUUGGUUGUAAAGAUUGUGUAUACUUGGGUGAUGAACAAUUUAGACAACCACUAACCGGUGAAUUAGAAUAUAAACUUAGUAAUUUCUUUCCUAAUAUUUGUAUUACUCCUUUUUCAAGAUUUACUGAAAUUACACAUAAUAUCAAACUUAAAAAUAAUUCCAAUAUACUCAUACCCAAAUUUAAUACUACAAUCACACUACCAAAUACAACAAACACAUUACCAAAUACCACAAAUAUACUCUCACAUACAACAAAUGGUAAGUAUCACUAA